GUUUUUCUUCAAGUGAAAUGAAAGUGAAAGUUUGGUGAAGUGUAGUGUGAUGGUCCGUGAAGAGCUCUCCUGACUUUAUAAUGCGUUUCUUCUUAGAGUUAGCUUUUUACUUGAUUUUGAUUGAAGGUGUGCUCUGCAUCCAUCAGGUGUCAUGGCUGCCCUGUCAGCUUAGAGAUGAACAAGCGUCAGUGAACGACAAGGGCCGCAAUGACACUCAGCUCGUCCACCGAGAGGCUGCGCUGCAGUUUGGUCAGAAAGGAGACACUCCAGUGGACCCAGAAGUCAUCACUUUUCUUGUCACAGGAUCUAAGCUGGACCUGCGGCAGUACUUACAGGGAGUGGAAGCAGAGCAGCUGAAGUGUGAGAUAUGGCGGUUCAGUACAACAGGCAUCCACGUCCGCUGGCCGGUCAAGGGGGAGCAGGAGUACAGCCGCUGGUAUACCUGCAACCUCAGACACACAAAGGGCCUGUUCAAUGUCACCAGCUUCCUCAGACAGGCAUCUGAACAGCCGCCCUCUGGAGAGCCAGACCACCUGAGCUGGCCUCUUAUAGAGGACAGAGAGAUACUCACUACAACAGUUGCCAUGAUCACAAAGACGCUCUCACCGUCAGUGACAGCAGCCCUGGGCUCCAAACAAAGGCUCCACUGUCAGUUUGCCGUGGACCACAAAUCCCCACAGGUGACUGUGGAGUGGCACAGGUACCAUCGUGGAAGUUUCUUCAGUCACAACAGCCACACAGGACAAACUAAGGGGAGCGGGGUUGAGCUGAUGAGCCUCAUCAAUGGGGACGCUUCCUUCACCGUGCCACACACCGAUAUAAGCAGUGAAGGGAAAUACGUCUGCUCUGUGUCGGUGAAUCCACUGUCCAUCAGCAUGGACAUAUAUCUGCAUAUUGAAGAGUCUCCCCGUGUCUCCCUCAACGUCGGACCGACUCUCUACCUGCAGGAGGGCGAGGAGCAGAAGGUGAUUUGCCUGGCAGAGAAUUACUACCCUCGGGAUGUUGACGUAGUCUGGAACAGUGAGGACCUGUCUGCGUCAGCUCAGAGGGUAGGGGGGUCUCGUUCCAAGGUUCUCCACAACCAUGUGCACUCCAGCCACAAAAACAACCAAGACAACACCUACUCGUUGUCGGCGUUCUUCUAUCUCAAGGCCUCGUCCAGGGACUCAGGGAAACAGUUUACAUGCAACGUCUCCCAUCAGUCCCUGAGAGAGCCGAUAAGUCAGAGCUUCAUCCUGGUUGUUACAGGUCCAAACCUCUGGGUGGUGUUCAUCGGUGUUGACAUCUUUUUGCUGGUCGCCCUGUACAAGCUGCUGCCCCGUCUGUGUUCAGGAAGAAGAAGAUCUGCACGGAGGCUACCGUACUGAGCGGCUCCAAAGACUGAAGGAGGACUUCUUUCAACUGAAUGUUUUUAAUAUUUAUGCUCAUUGGUGACUUCAUGUUGAAGUAAAUGAUUAUCCUCUUGCCGAGACCUGACUUUAAGAGUGAAAAUGCAACCAUCUGAGAUUAAAGAAACCUUGUGAGCCAAGUGAGCUCGCACACGAAGGAAUUUGAGGUGGUGAUUGGAACACUGGUACCUGACAACAAGACAGUAAGGAUAAUAAAUAUAGAAACGUAAAAUCUAAUCUAAAAAUUCUAAAUAAAAGUACUAUCUGUACAAAGAAAGGUAUAGAAGUACUUUUAAAGAAAUUCAAUUCAGAAUAUUUUAAAGACAUUAAAUUCAGAACCAGACUGUACUAAAUUAAAUGGUGUGAAGGUAGGAUUUCCAACUGUCCCAUAUUAGCUGGGACAUCCUGUAUAUUGGGCUAAAUUGGUUUGUUUCAUACAGGACCUCAAUUGUCCUGUAUAUUGACUAUUAAUUCUUGUAAAUACAGCAGACUGCACUCUACAAAUCCUAGAUCAGAUAAAACGGCAGUGGCAGAUCAUGUGCCAAUCACACCGCCUGUCAUCCAAUCACAGGGCCCCUCGCGCAUCAGUUGUAUACAGCGCAAAUGUGCGAAGUCCUGCAAAAACUCUGGCUGUGCAAAAGGACAAAAGACUGCUUGAGUCAGUCAAGAGCAUCAACAAGUAUCUAUGGAAAAAGUACAUGUGUUGAGUCAUACACCUCUUUUGCAUUUAUUUUUUCUUUUGCCUGUUUUUUGAUGUAAAGAGCCAAAUUGUGGUUUCUUUGAGGUUUAUUCAUAUGAGGUUACAUAAUGAUACAGUAAGGAUUACAGGGAAUAUACACAGUUUCUGCAUUUCCAGUUGAAUCAGAAUAUGAGUAUACGCUGAAUUCACGCAUUAUGCUCACACCACCAUGGCACCGUGCACCUGUCCCUUAUUAAUAGUGAGAAAGUUGGCAAUCCUACUGGUACCUGACAACAAGACAGUACGGACAAUAAAUACAGAAACCUAAUAUCUAUUCUAAAAAUUCUAAAUAAAAAUGAAAAUACUAUCUGUACAAAGAAAGGGAUAGAAGUACUUUUAAAGACAUUAAAUUCAGAAUCUGACCAUCAACUGGGCCAAAUGAAAAGGCGUGAAAGGGUAACCCCUCGUUAUAUCUUAUAAAACAAUAGAUUGUAAAACAUGUUUAACAUCUUUUUCAAACCUAAACCUCAGAACAGAAAUGGGCAAAAACAAUUAUAUCAUUAGACAUUUGAAUUUCAUCCACUGAAACUUUUUUUUAUUGAUUUUUGUAUGUUAGUUAAUGUUGAUAUUUGUUGUAUUUAUGUAAAUUAUGUUUUCUGUAUUUGUGUGUAAGGGGAUGCUUUGGGUUACUUAAUGAAAAAUUUAAUAUUUUGGGAAUGUCUGGUAGAUAUGUGAUUGAUUUUUAAAUAAAGAUUCGUCAAAAAGGC